CACUACCCUCCGCCAAGACCCCUGACCAUCGGGGUCACGUCCGAGAGACGGGAUCAUGAAGCGCUCGGCAGCUGCUUGGCUCCUGCUUGGGCUCAGCCUCAGCGUUCCUCAGUUCUGCAGAGGUAAUAUUUGUGAUCCCAAUCCUUGUGAAAAUGGAGGUAUCUGCUUGUCAGGAUUGUCUGAUGAUUCCUUUUCCUGCAAGUGUCCAGAUGGCUUCACAGGUCCCAACUGUUCUAGUGUUGUGGAGGUUGCAUCAGAUGAAGAAGAGCCAACUUCAGCAGGUCCCUGCACUCCUAAUCCAUGCCAUAAUGGAGGAACCUGCGAAAUAAGUGAAGCAUACCGAGGAGAUACAUUCAUAGGCUAUGUUUGUAAAUGUCCCCGAGGAUUUAAUGGGAUUCACUGUCAGCACAAUAUAAAUGAAUGCGAAGCUGAGCCCUGCAAAAAUGGUGGGAUAUGUACAGACCUUGUUGCUAACUAUUCCUGUGAGUGCCCAGGGGAAUUCAUGGGAAGAAAUUGUCAAUACAAAUGCUCUGGCCCAUUGGGAAUUGAAGGGGGAAUCAUUUCAAAUCAGCAAAUCACAGCUUCAUCUACCCACCGAGCUCUUUUUGGACUCCAGAAAUGGUAUCCCUACUAUGCACGUCUGAAUAAGAAGGGACUUAUAAAUGCCUGGACAGCUGCAGAAAAUGACAGAUGGCCAUGGAUUCAGAUCAAUUUACAAAGAAAAAUGAGAGUUACUGGUGUGAUUACUCAAGGAGCCAAGAGGAUUGGAAGUCCAGAGUAUAUCAAAUCCUACAAAAUAGCCUAUAGUAAUGAUGGAAAGACUUGGACAAUGUACAAAGCGAAAGGCACCAAUGAAGACAUGGUAUUCCAUGGAAAUGUUGAUAACAACACACCCUAUGCUAACUCUUUCACACCCCCCAUAAAAGCUCAAUAUGUGAGGCUCUAUCCCCAAGUUUGUCGGAGGCAUUGCACUUUGAGAAUGGAACUUCUUGGAUGUGAACUGUCAGGCUGUUCUGAGCCUCUGGGGAUGAAAUCAGGACAUAUACAAGACUAUCAGAUCACUGCCUCCAGCAUCUUCAGAACUCUCAAUAUGGACAUGUUCACUUGGGAACCAAGGAAAGCCCGGCUGGACAAGCAGGGCAAAGUGAAUGCCUGGACCUCCGGCCACAAUGACCAAUCACAGUGGUUACAGGUGGACCUUCUAGUCCCCACCAAAGUGACUGGCAUCAUCACACAAGGAGCUAAAGACUUUGGUCACGUGCAGUUUGUAGGCUCCUACAAGCUAGCUUACAGCAAUGAUGGCGAACACUGGACAGUGUACCAGGAUGAAAAACAGAGGAAAGAUAAGGUUUUCCAGGGGAAUUUUGACAAUGAUACUCACAGGAAAAACGUCAUUGAUCCUCCCAUCUAUGCACGGCACAUAAGGAUCCUUCCUUGGUCCUGGUAUGGGAGGAUCACACUGAGGUCGGAGCUGCUGGGCUGCACAGAGGAAGAGUGAAGAGACGUCACAGGCCUCCUCUCUGUUUUCUCCAUGGAAUGAACUCUGCAAAAUCUUUAGGAAACUGAACAGGAUUUUUCAUGAAAAGUGCUCAAAUUACGGUAGGCCACUAACUGUCUUCUUAAGGAGGUCUAAGCCUGCCUUUUCAAUGGUUUAAUUUGAUUUUUAUCGUUUAAAUUCCCUAAGCAACAUCACAUUAACUGUGAAUUAGUUUUUUCAUUGUUUUCUUAUUCAUACUGGUUGAAAUGUAUUAGGCAAAGAAAGUAGCACUCUUGAUAGCAAGGGUAAAACAAUCUUAUAGUUAUCAAAUAAAAGCAAGAGUUGUUAGAGCUUUCACGAUCAAUACUGAACUUAUAAAAAGAAUACUGCAAUGUUAGCAAUAAGUUUUGUCCUUCUGUAAUGAGUCUAUAUUAUCCUAAUUAUUUUCCGGUGCCUACCAAACACUGUCAGUGUUUGUAAUUGAAUUUUGAAGAUGAAUCUGUAACAUGCAGUACUAAUUGAUAUUAUAAUUUUCAUUUGACUUUUAUUUCUAAUCAGAGAUUAUAUGAUCUUACUUUCUGUGCUAUUCUAUAUUCUAUAUAUUAUAUACUGCCUGAAUAAGUUCAUAUUUUUCCCAAUUGACUUUUGUCCUAUUAUUUGUCUAAAAAAGUAUGUUUGUGUAUAUAUAUAUGUGCACAUAUAUACACACACACAUAUACAUGUGAAACAGGAUUGAGUAUCAGUAGAUUGAGCAUAUUUAAUAUCAGUAGAUUAAAUCUGCAAUUCUUUUGUUUUUGAAGGAAGCUAUAACUAUGUAAUCUUCAAAUAUUUCCUUAAUUAAAGGCCCCAGUACUACCAUCUUGCAAAAUAAACAACAAAAUCCCAUUAUGUUUCUUUAAAGCAAAAUUUAAAUCUUUGUUUUGAUGGUAUUUACAAAUAGUCUUAUCUUCACUUUAAAAUAAUAGAAUAAUUAUUUGUCUAUUUAAAAAAAUUUUUAGCAAACAAAUAUUGACAUAGUACUGCAUAACUUGGCCAGGCAUACUCAUCAUGUCUUUGUUCAUCUCUGCAUUUCCUGUGAAACUAGAACUUUAUUGAGGUUUGAAACUGGUGAUGGUUUCUCAGGAAAGCACAGUGUGUAGAUAUUUGUGAGAAGAAAAGUAUUUACUAAUGGCAAAGUAGUCAACCAUUUUCAAGGUAAAAAUUGAUUUCUAUUUAUUUUGCUUCAAAGGUCCUGAAAAAAAUAAGCAAUUAUCAUAACGAUUUGUUAUUGAUAAUGGAGGUUUCAUUGACAUUUUCUCAAAUUAAAUUUCUCACUGCCUCCAUGAAAGUCCUCAGCAUCUUAUUUAUAAGCUUUACCAGUGUUUGUUUUAUUAAGGCUUAGACACAGAAUUAUUGGAGUUUUAAAUUAAGGGUUCUGGAAAAGAAAGUAUGGUAUGUGUACAAAGCUUUGAGGUCCUGUGCAACAUGGUUUUUUUUUUCCUUAUUAUUUGUGCUGCAUAACAAAAGCCACUAGACUGUUACUGUCUUGUCUGUCUAUGUGUUAACAGCAUUUCUUGAUGAUGUAUAUAUAUGGAGUGGUCUUCAAUCAUAGUGAAGAUUUAUAAAGAGAAAGUCAAUCAUAAUGGCAUUUUUAUAAGAGCAAAAUUAGGACUGGCUGGCCACAUAUUUGUCCUAUGCCUACAUGCUUUCUACUUCAGACUCUUAUUAUAAAAUUGUUAAUUUGAAGCAUCUGAAAUGGUGAUCAGUUUUUAGCAUAUUAAAAAAAAAGCUGCCAUGUCAUCAAUAACAUCCUCUUAAGAUAGCUUUAAAUUAGGAAUGUAACUAUAUUUAAUUUACUAAAUUGUAAGAUCAUAUCACAAAUAAAUACUUUGGUUCAAAGAUAUACACACAUUUACUCUGUAGCCAAUGGCCCUUAUUUCUGUAAAGAUUUACUGUCCCACCGAACUCUCACUUGUAGGUUAUGCACAAUUCUUGAUUCUCUACAGAGUGUAUUUUUAAAGUUAUGAGUAAUUUUUUGCAAUGAUUUACUUUCUCAGAAUUAUUCAUUGCUUCUUAUGAUUUAUGUUAUUGGUAGUUUUUUUAAAAAAAAUAUUUUCAAAGAGUUUGCUAAAAUGUUGUUACCUUUUAUUAGAAAUACAUAGAAAUGGCUUUUGCUUCUUUGUGCAUUUUCUCUCUUCUGUAUAUGCUUUUCAUCAACAUGGGCUAUCUCUUUAACCCAUGAUGCCCCAGACUAAUGACAAUAAAGGGACUCCCUGUAGAAAUGUAUUGUGAGGUAGUAUAUAGCUUUUGUGUAAUUUCUAUCAAUGACAUUAAAGUGAAGCAGAUUUAUUCUGUUAAAUUCACAGUAAAGCAAGUAAAACCUCAUAAGCACAAGGCACAGAAGAAUCACCUAGCCUUCACCAUGAGUAACUAUAACAUGCUAAUUUUAUAAUCUAUGAAAUUAUAAUUUUAAACAUUUCCAGUAUAUCUGUCUUAUUAAAAGCAUUUAUCAUAAUCACUAAUUCUAGUUUUAGGGUUGACUUUCUCUUUCUGAAUGGCUUCAUAAAGGUUUAUGUGAAUUUUGAAGACUUAGGGUACUAAUGAUUGCAUCUUUGCUAAUCAACAAAAUAUGAAAUAUAAUAUUCAUUGCUGGCGUCUGAUGUGUCAGUAAGUACAGAAAUAAGUAAGAUACAAAUAACCUUUGCAAACUUUCAAGCUGUGUAAUAUUCCAAUGUUGGGUUUUUUCUUUGUAAUAUAUACUUAAAUCAUGUAGGAUGUUGUAAAAUCAGUAUGACCUUGUCUAGUCUUCAAAGUUAAAAUAAACUUUUGAAAAUCUGGGA